UGAAAAUGGAAGGUUUGAGGUUUGAAGGGUGACUUGCUAUUGCUGCAUUGCAGAAAACAACACAAUGCAAAGGAUGAUUUUGUUUGGCGGAGCUUUGAGGGAGAUUGUGGUGCGGUCAGGCGGACUUCAGGCGCACUAUUUUCUAUGUGCGAGCAGGACUGGGAUUAAUAAACACUCUCAAACUCGAGCUGCCAGCAACACAGCACACUUCAGCUGUUACAGAUUACCACACAGGACUGUCCUCAAUGUGUCUGGACAAGACACGAGCUCGUUUCUUCAAGGUAUAAUCACCAAUGACAUGAAUCUUCUAGGAGAGGAUUCACUGAAUGCCAUGUACGCCCACGUGCUCAAUGUUCAAGGCAGGACACUGUACGACAUCAUCCUUUACAGUUUAAAAGGAAACCUAGAUGGACUUAACGGUGUACUUCUGGAGUGUGACAGCACGGUACAGGACUCUGUUAUGCAGCUUCUGAAAGUCUACAAGAUACGCCGCAAAGUGAACAUCAGCGUAUGUCCGAGUCUCUCGCUCUGGGCUUUACUUCCUCAAAAUAAAGAAGUCGUCCUGGGAAGGCCUGAUGUCACCACUGCUGAUAAAGUGUUCGUUUUGGAGAAAGACCCAAGAACUGAACUCAUGGGCUGGAGAAUGGUCACCAGUAGUCAGGAUAAUCCACUGGACAUUGUGUCUGCUUGUCGACUGGGCAACACUGAAGAAUACCACAGACAUCGCUAUGAGAUUGGACUGCCUGAGGGAGUCGGAGAUCUUCCCCCAGGUGAGGCUCUUCCACUGGAGGCCAAUCUGGUCUACAUGCAGGGAAUCAGCUUUAGCAAGGGCUGCUACAUCGGGCAGGAGCUCACGGCCAGAACUCACCACACUGGCGUGAUAAGAAAGCGUCUGAUGCCUGUGAGCUUAUCUGCUCCAGCCGAGAAGCUCAACCAGGGGUCUGCUCUUCAGACCGAGGCAGGAAAACCGGCUGGGAAAUAUAGGACAGGAGUGGACAAGCUGGGAAUGAGCCUCAUACGCUUGGCUCACGCUAAUGAAACUCUCCAACUUAAAUCAUCUGACGACGAGAUGGUGACUGUACAAGCCUCAGUGCCUAACUGGUGGCCAAAACCCCCUAAAGAGAAAUGAAUCACAAACCCUAGAAAUGUAAUUAAUAAUUUAAUAUUUAAAGCUAGAACUUUUACAUAGAGGUAUUGAGUGACACCUUGAAAGAAAAUGUUUUGUGGGUUAAUCCUCUUAAAGAGUUCACAUUGCAAUUGUAUGGAGCCCCUUCUUGCGGACAUGCACAAUAUACUGACACUGAGGAGAAACUGUUGAAUAAACUUGUUUUUGUUUUGUUUUGUUCACACAAAAGUAUUUUCGUCGCUUA